UAGGCUGCACCAGUGGGCUGCACACGCAGGGGACUGGAGGCGUGGCAUUUUGUUUUACUGAAAAACUAAACAAUCUUUAACUAUACCCUAGAACAGCCGUAACAGACGGAGAUCCAUUCCAGACAAUCAUGAUAAAUGUCUUUUAUUACAGAUAUCUGCACGAAAAUCUAUAGAAAGCGGGUCAUCUUUCUCUCGUCCAAUGAUGAAUUCUAAACGUCUGCUUGACAUGUCUGCUGUUGGAAUACGGGUCGGGGGCGCUUCGAAACAAGCCGGUAUUGAUCAGCAUGCAGAGGGUUCCAAAGGACGCAAAAUGACUGUCGCCUCCACUGCGGACAGCGGUGUCAUUCUGGCGUGCAAGAAUGGUCCCGCAACAGGAGCAGUUUUCUACAAAUUCGUGUUGGAUGAUGGAUCUUUAAGAGAAUGUACAAGACAGGACACCGUCCUCAAUGUGAAUGACCUGUCAUCAGGGAGAGAAAAAUACCACCUCCUGAAUAAAGCAGGUUGUGGUGGGGAGGCAGAUGAACGAAACAGUGGUCUGACUGGGAUCCUUACUAACGGCAGUCCCACACACUGCCUGAUCCGGAAAGGGCAGAAGGCGGACAGACACAUGCACUCAGAGGCAAGGACCCCACUGGUGCCCAGCGGUUGCCAGGCAACAAAUGGACAGCAUGUUCCACCUGAGGAGAGAUACCCUCAUCCCUCCUCCCAAAUACCUGUCCCCCGACGCAGGAAACCUUCAGGUCUUGCUGAUAAGGAGGUAAUGGCUGCUACUGUCCUGACAUCACUGUCCAUCUCCCCUCUGGUCCUCACCCAUACCCAGACAGCCUCAGCUGCAGUUCCGGAGCCAGCCAGCAGAGGGUGGAAGGAGGUGCUGUCAACUAGCUACAGCAGCUCCACCAGUGGCAACUGGAGCUGGGACACCAGCGACCAAUCAGUGCCCUCCACACCGUCCCCGCCUCUCUCCAACGACACCAGCAAGAGCUUCCCGCUCUCCUCCCAGGGUGAUAAUGUCAUCGACGACGUCAAAGAGAGCACGCACUUCUUGUUUGAGGACCCCAUACCCCGGAAGCGGAAGAACUCUAUGAAGGUGAUGCUGAAGUGUUUGUGGAAGAACUGUGAAAAGGUCCUCAGCACCUCUUCAGGGAUCCAGAGACACAUCCGCACCGUCCACCUGGGGCGGAACUGUGACUCGGACUACAGUGACGGGGAGGAGGACUUCUACUACUCAGAGAUCGAGGUCAACAUGGACAGCCUAUCAGAGGGCUUGUCCAGCCUCACGCCCACCUCCCCCACCACUACCGGCCCUCCCCCCAUCUUCCCCCCUUUCUCCCACGCCGCCUUUGUUCCCCGCUCUGAGCCCGCCCAUAUCGUCAUGAGGGGACCGCAGGGUCAUGCCCCCAGUCUGCUCAGCCAAUCAGCUCCCUCCACGCUCUGCCAUAUCCGUACUGACCACGCCUACCAGGCCACUGCUCCUGUGAGUAUUCCUGUGUGUUCGGAGCAGGCUGAUGGGAAUGAAGGGAUUGGGAAUAGGGAUGGGAUCAGUGUGUCCUGGCAGUCCCCUCCUGUCAUUUUUAAAGGCUUAACGGGGCCGUUGACUCACAUCCGCACGGUGAGCUUCGGGGAGAAGAGACAGCCAGCCCCUCACACACACACCACCAUCUGCAAGACACCCCCCUUUACAGCCCCCCUGCCCAAACCAGCACCAGGAACCAGGAAACCCCGUGGAGAGGCCAAAAAGUGCCGGAAAGUGUAUGGCAUGGAGAAGAGGGACAUGUGGUGCACAGCCUGCCGCUGGAAAAAAGCCUGUCAGCGAUUCACUGACUGAACCUCAGUACAUCACUGGGAUGGACUCUUCCUCUGCCAGCGCUUCAAUGAGGUGUCAUCUUCCACUGAGGAGAUGUGGGGGUUUCUCCGUGAUGAAGCCCCUCAGAGCACGCACUGCUUCCUCCUGACCAGCAGGGGUCUCUCUGCUCGCUUCUCCUAGUCCUCAGACAGCUGAACUCACUAACUGAUGAAAAAGGCAAAAAAGAAAAAUUAUUUUGGCUUUGGAAUAAUUGUUUUUCUUUCUAAUGAUGAGACUUUUUAGGUAAUCAAAAAAAGAAAAAUAUUAUUCAAAACCUUUUCGAUUUGUUUUGUAUUUUCUAAUUUUGUCUGCCUUCACUGUAGGGGAGUGGUUGAAGAUUUCAGAUAAGCUUUUUGGUAUUAUGUACUCUCAACUUAUUGUUUUUUACUGGUCCGAGUAUCACGGAAGCUACUGUGCUUGAGUUUAUAAGAUCCUGAUACCGCUCUCUUGUCAGCAUCUUUCAAUGCAUCUCUGUUAAUGUUUUAUAACUAAAAUCAGAUUAACUUCGGGGCUUUUAUUUGAAUGGAUCGUUUUCGAUUUUCAACUGUCACUCUUUUGAAAUGGGCAGUAAGUCUACCAAAGGAAAAACUAAUCAGAAUAUCUAUCCAUUCGCUCAGAAUUUAGAUGCUGCUUAUUGAGACGCUCGUCAUAUCCAAGUGUUAUGGAAUAACACAUCUCAUGCUCUUAUGGGAAUUCAACUCAGAAACUCUAAUCACUUUGUUUGGGAAGUAAAUCAUCCAUAGCUACUCAUAAGAUUCUUGCUUUUUCAAGAUAUCUAUUUCCCUUUCUUCCUUUCUAUACCUCUGAUAUGCAUCUUUCAGAAACAACACAUCUUUCAACAGAUCACUGUAAACUUUGUAACUAGAGUGUUUCUUCUCAUUUCUUACAUGUGUUUUCAGCGAUCAGUUGCCAAUGCAACUAGUAGUUGCAAAGUGUAAUCACCAGGGUUUGGAAAGUCUUGUCUUGCUUUGAUUAAUCAGCUCUGUUGUUGAUAACAGUUAUCAGCAACAACAUUAAGCUCUGCUGUAGCACUGCUGGCUACUCAGAGCUCUAGAGUUCAUUUUCUGGGUAUCAUCAUAGACAAAGAAUACAAUCUCAUUCUAGUUCUCUAGUCAGUCCUUCUCAACCCUCACUCCCAGUUACAGCUUUUAACUGGUAUCUAAUGGCGUUGAAAUCAACAUUAUUUGCUUCCCAUGAAUUGUACCUGGAUUCCUGAUCAGACAUGAGAGCAGAUAUAGAUGUAUAUUUUUAAACAGAUGUAUUUUUCUACUCUAGCUAAUGUUUUGAUUGUUGCCAGCUCUUUGAAUGUAGUCUCUACAGGCUCUCUCUCUUUCUGCUCCCAACACUGACUACUAGCCAUUACACAAGUUACAUCAGCAGGAUGCACACACAAACAGGACUCUAAAUUAACGGGUGCUCCCAAUUUAUAAAAAGUUAGGAGCACCACAUAAAAAGUUAGGAGCACCAGAUGAUAUAUAUUGUUUAACUGAUUGAGAUGCAGCCUAUAUUGGGCCUAUAUUAAUUCUAGCUACUUUUGAAGCAUAUGCUGUGCCCCAGAAAUGAACACUGUUUAGAUAGUUUAUAAUAAAAGCUCAAAUGUUGAUACAAAUAUCUGUCAUUGAAAUUACGUGGAAUGUUAGGUUUCUACAUUGUGUAAAAUCACUAUUUUCCUAUUGAGAUGCAUUACAUUGAACAUUGUACACUGUCUCUAAGCACGUCAGGUUUGUGAUGAGGACAUGCAAGAAAUCUGACAAUCAUUCAGUGCUACGAUCAUUGAUGUCCUGAAGAAGCUAUCCUUUUUCCUUUCUGUGCCCCUAAAUGUUUGGAUAUACUGGUAAAGUUACCAGGUUGUUAGCUAACUAGCCAAUGAGGUAACAUGACUGAACAAAGUGUAAACAAAUGGUCAAGGGCCCGCGAGUAGUUUUCGAAUGGCCCACGAAGUGGUUUAUUAACGUAAAUUGCGGUCCUGUCGAUAGGCUAUAGAAAGAAAGAAAACUGCGCUGAUAAUAUGGGCCAGAUCUUUUUAACUGGGGUAGAACAAGCUAUUUUGUCUGGAGUAAUGGUUCUACCAUGACGCUAACGACUAGGGGACUCGGAAUCAACAGUACUGCGAAGCCGGAUCAUUACAACAAUUAUUAUUCAGGAUACUUUUUUUUAUAGGAGCACAGUACACCCCCCCCCCCAAAAAAAAAAUCCAGGUCGCACAGCAAAAUGUUUAUGGGCGCACUUUAGAGCCCUACGCACACUCACGCACGUGCACAUCCUGAAGUGCCACCUGGCCUCUUACCUCAGCUCACCUUGAACUUGUUUCGACGGCCACAGUCAGUGGCAGUGUUGGAUAGCAUCAAAACUACUGCAGGCAACUGCCUGCCGACUGACUGAUCUACAAAUCACCUUCCAUCAUAAAUAACGACUCAUUAUUAUUUGUAGAUCAGUCAGUCACAAUUUACCCAUGAUAUAUUGCGUCUUUUGUCCUAUCGAACACAGCCUAUGACUUUCCAGUCUUUGGCUGUUUUACACGUCUGUUGUCAUGUUAACACAUGCGCUCUCAGCUGUCACACAUUCUAAUUGACAUGACGUCGGUAGAAGGCCAUUCUAAGACGGCUGGCCGUGACUGUUAUGUCUUGCUAUUUUUUGGGUACAACAAACAAACAAUCUAACCAACUGGAUUGUUUUUAGGGCUCUAUUCAUCCAUAUCACUGAAUCGUUACAGAUUGCGUAAUGGUAAUUUCCGAUUUAGCCGACAUAUGCAGCGUUUGAGUGAAUGCAAUCUCUGUUAACAGGGAAUGUUGCCUUUAAAUUUUAAUUACACUGUCACGCUGAACUUUCCCGAUACGUAUUUAAUAGAGCCCCGUACAUGCCAUGUCAGUCUUUUCCUUGAUAACCAUUACCAACAAAUAGGGUCAUGUUUGUUGGCUAGUAACCUUGCUGUCAGGCAUUCUGUCAGAGAGAGAAGCCGUGUCUUACAGAACCUCACUGGUCAGAGUGGAGAGUAGGCUGGUAAUUAAUGGUCAGAAACUUCACUAAGUGCCAAUGAAAAUAACAUUACGAGGAAAAAUGAUGUACCUAAAGAAAUUGCACUAACUUGCACUGUACAAAGACAUGUUUUUAUACAUGGAGAUUUUAUAUACACAGAUUUUGAAGUGAAAUUUAAUUUGAGGUUGUUUUAUUUUGGGUCAUCACUGAUGGUGUUGAAAUGGGGUUUCAGGGAUGGGGCUUGGAUUCCCCCAUAAGAACGUUCUGAACCUGUAUGUCUAGUUCUCUCUGUGUGUGGUGUACACAGCCCAAUGGGGCCCACAAUGUUGUCUGGAAUAGUGUGGUACUGGAUACAGUCUUAGAAAAAAAGGCUUCCAAAAGGGUUAUUCGGCUGUCCCCAUAGGAGAACCCUGUUGGGUUCCAGGUAGAACACUUUUUGUUUUCUAGUAGAACCCUUUUGAGUUCCAUGUAGUCUCUGUGGAAAGGGUUCUACAUGGAACCCAAAAUGGUUUUACCUGGAACCAAAAGGGUUCUACAUGGAACCAAUAAGGGUUCUUCAAAGGAUUCUCCUAUGGGACGAAGAACCAUUUGGUUCUAGAUAGCACCUUUUCUGUUAAGAGUGUAGUACAGCACGGUACUUUGUGAGUAAGGGUUUCCCCGCAACCUGUUUAUUGUGUAUAGGCACCAAGAUGACCCCUGAAGUCACAUCUCAGGCAGUCUGCCCUAACGUGGUAAUAUUUUGCUGGUCCAGCAUUAUCAAUGGUUGCUAGUUGUCGUCUUCAGAACAGAUCAAUCAUGGUGUUUCAACGACAUGGGGCUUCCUACACAGCCUACUCAUACACUGCUUUCAAAAACAUUUUGUUUAGUCUUCCUUUAUAUAAAUGGCAAGUGGCUUUUUCAAAUUUUAUUGAGAUGAGAGAGAAGAGAUUUUAUUUCCGGACUGACUCCUAUUUUGGACUCCUGUCUGAUUUUGAUUUGAAGUGAGCACUUAAACACACCCGCUCAGCUCUCUCUCAAUCCAUCCCCCAGCCAAAGCACCUGACACUUCUCCACCAAUCGACUGGCAGCAGAUUGACCAGUCAUACUUUUGAUUUGCAUCAGACCAAUCAAGUCCAUUGUUCUCAAUUUCAGUCACAUCCCUAUCCCUGCCACAAACCUGCAUAUAUUUUUUUAUUGCACUAAAUUGGCCUUAUGGGUCACUGGCCAGGGCUAAUGCAAAGGGAACACUAUUUAACUGUUACCUGCCAGCAGCAUACCACCCUGCAUCCCACUGCUGGCUUUCCUCUGAAGCUAAGCAGGGUUGGUCCUGGAUGGGAGACCAGAUGCUUCUGGAAGUGGUGUUGGAGGGCCAGUAGGAAGCACUCUUUCCUCUGGUGUAAAAAAUAUAUAUUUAUCCUAGGGCAGUGAUUGGGGACAUUGCCCUGUGUAGGUGCUGUCUUUCAGAUGGGAAGUUAAACGGGUGUCCUGACUCUCUGUGGUCACUAAAGAUCCCAUGUCACUUAUCAUAAGAGUAGUGGUGUUAACUCUGGUGUCCUGGCUAAAUUCCCCAUCUGGCCCUCAUACCAUCAUGGCCACCUAAUCAUCCCCAGCUUCCAGUUGGCUCAUUCAUCCCGAUGUAACUAUUCCCCAGGUUGUUGCUGUAAAUGAGAAUGUUUUUAGGAGACCUGAGGCUUUGGAAGGAUUUGGUGUGUUUGGAGAACUGGGGCUUUAUGAUAGGUGUUGAAAGAGGAAGUGGGUCAAGCAGUGACGAUUAUUAGAUAUGGAUUUGUAGUUUCAGGGCUUUCCUGUACAUAUGCAACGUAAAGAGAACCGUGAUGCUAUUUUCAUGCUGUUGUUUUUCUGUUAUACAAAAAGGAAACUUUCUAAGGUACAAUUGCUCAGAAUAUUUUUUUCUUCAUAUUUUUUAAAGGGCAAUUGAGAAGCUAUAGUGAAUAUAACAUGUACGUACUUGUAUAUUGCAUUUUAGGGGAAAAGGGGAGAAAAAACUUUGAUGAAUUUUAAACCUACAAAAAGAAAAGCUUGUUUUCUUUCUUGUUGUAAUGCUGGCUAGUUUCUACUGCCUGUAGAGAACUGUUAGUGCACUCUGACUUCAGUAUCGAAAAACAUUUAACAUACACACUAACAGUUGACCUAUCACUUGUGUAUCAUAUCUAUACCACAACCAUGCAGUAUUGCUUCACCUUCUUACAUUGUGCAAUGAUAUGCUUUAAUUGGAACAAGAACUAACUUGACCUUUUGAUUACCUUUCUUUGAGCCACCUGUGUGUGAUCUAUUACGAAUGCAUUUAUUGGCAUGUAGGCGUUUAUUUAGGCAGUUAUAAUGAGUCCUUGGCUUUAUGAAUGCUUAUAGUGGUCCAUAUACUGCACUCUUCCCACUUAGUGUAAUGCAUAUAAUGAAUAUGUUUAUGAAGGGGUAAUGCAUUUGUUAAGGUGGUCAUAAGGAACCAUGAGCUGUUGUGAAUGCUUAUGACAAGUCGUAUAAUACACUAUGGAGUGAUCGACUGUGCUAUAAAUGCAGUCAUAAUGAUUUGUACACGAUUCAUAAAAUCUGCUACCUACCUUUUCUGUCUCCCUUCCUGCCAAAUAUGGAUUUAUCGGAAUACAUGUUGUUGUUAUUAUCUUUUGUGGUAAUGUUGUAUGUAAUGAGGAAGUGUGUUACCCAGAGAAAUAGAAUUCUAGUUCCAUGGUUUUACCUUUGAGGAUUCUGUUUCCAUUCCAACAGGCCGCUUGCCUCGGUGUCUGUCUGUUCCGUACCUGUACAUUUCCCUGUCAUAACUUCAGUGACUUCCUCUCUAUCUCCUACUCUAUUUCUCUCCAUUAAAUGUUCUAUUUUUUCCUGUCUCUUUCUCUUUCAAAAUGUACUGUAGUCCCAAGUCAUUACCCAGUAUAUUAAGCUAACCAAGCCCUUGAAAUAUGUUCUGUGAUUCUAUUCUUUGUUUGCUUUUUGAAUGUCGAUGUUGUUGAGUCCAGCCCAACAGCUCAGCAGCAGCAAAGCCAAUGGAUCUCCAUCAAAAUGUAAUUCAUCUUCAUCGCCAUGGCAGCUCCGCUCAACUCUGUGCUUCUUCUUCUAUCGUACUCGUAAACGACACACCUAUUUGAUCUGUUUGUCUUUCUGUCACCGUUUUACCUGUCUUUGAUCUGUUUGUCUUUCUGUCACGGUUUUACCUGUCUUUGAUCUGUUUGUCUUUCUGUCACCGUUUUACCUGUCUUUGAUCUGUUUGUCUUUCUGUCACCGUUUUACCUGUCUUUGAUCCGUUUGUCUUUCUGUCACCGUUUUACCUGUCUUUGAUCUGUCUAAAUGUUUUUCUCCUGCUGUGCCAUGUCUUUACUGAGCCUUAUUGUUGGCUGGAGUGAAACUGACCUUAUUUUUGUUUCUUUAUUAUCUUGUUCAUGUUGAUUGAUUGAUGUUCUCUCAUUAUGUGUGGUGCAGAAGAGUGAUUUGUUUUAUUGCUCAUGUCUGUCUGUGACAUGUCCUCGAGUGGAUGGAUGACUUGAUGUCAUGAAGAUGAUGUUGAAAAUAAGGCAGGUGAUGUAAAUGUGAUAGAGAGAAAAUAAACACGAAUGGAAUAUG